CCAGUCGCUGUGUCAGACCCUAUAGACUUUCACGCCGCCCUAGUUUUCGUCGACGCUGGAGGGUCGUCCUGUUGAGAUAACACGAGUGUUGGUUACGUCUAUGCUACAGAACAGCUGUGUAAACAAGGACGAGUGCCGAGUCGAUGAAGCACACGCCUGUAGACGCUGCAUUGGUGUUCCAGGCAGUUUUUGGAAUGGUACACAUCACGUUACGGCAAACCACUGGCAGACAUGAGUUACGGAUACCCUCAGGCGCAACACCAGUACCAACCACCGCCGCCACCCGGAUUUGCGCCGCCACAGCAGGCGCCGCCCCCCGCCUACCCCGGCUACCCGCAACCGUCGCCGGCACCCGUAGCGGAGCCCUACUUCGCAGCGUCGGCGCCAGUGGGCGACACGUACCAACCGCCGCCGCCUCCCGGCCCCCAGCACUUGUACCCGACGCAGCAGCAGGCUGGCGGUUACUACAUGCCGCCUGCGCAGCCGACGACGGUGAUUGUGAAGGAGAAAGAGGGCAGUUGUGCCAAGGACUGCUGCUUGUGUGCCCUGUGCAUGGGUUUGUGCUGCCUGUGCUGCCAGGACUGAGGCUGGAAGCACUCCGUGCACACACGCGUUUAACCACUGCGCGGUUUACAGGAAAUUGCGGCCCGGUCUUUAAUUUUUCAAUAUGACGACGGCGUUCGCAAAGCAAUCGUAUCUUUAAUGUACGGCACUUGCGAAGGGCAAGAUGCUCAGAGAGCGCACUUGACGCCUGACACUUCCAAAAAGGAAAAAAAGAAAGAAAGGAAGUAAUAAUACACCGUGCGCUGGCUUCAAACGGAAUCAACGAAAAACAGGCCCCAGAUUCCGAAAGCUUUUGAGGAGCGCGUUCGUAAGAAAUGAGGAUAGGCAACUGUGAUAGGAAAGGGAGUGACAAUUAUAAGGCGUUGGUAAAGAACAAAGAGUUGUUAUCAAAUCCGCAACCCUUGUGUAUACUCCCUAACACUGUCUUUGAACUAUAGAGUAUAGCGCUUCUUCAAUCAUCUAAAAAGAAGUUUUGCGUGCUUACAGAGACCUUUGUAAUCGGUUGUCCGCAAAUGAAGAGGCGCUGACAAGUGCCGCUGCGUUGUCAUCUGUCUUCGUCCCUCUGGAAUGUAGUAAGAGAUUGCCCCAGAGGGAAAUGCGCUUUCUUCCUUGUGCGCUUGCCGCCCUCAAUUCCUGACCCCGGAAGGCACUUAGCCAGGAUUCCUGCCCGGAGGGUGUGGGGGACGGCCAGGCAACAGUCAGAGGCGUGUGGGUAUGUUGCAUUCCUUUAUAAUUUAUUGCACCAGAGGCAGUGGUAUAGCUAGGGGGAAGGGGGUGAGGAGGUCUGAUCGGGUUCACGCCCCCCUCCCGAAUUUUUCCCGGUCGCUGGCCUGCUUCCUUUUAUGCCUGGCAUGUCGCCUAUAAACAAAGGCUCCUUCGAACGCCCGCCCCAGACAAGUACAGAAUGCUACACGCCUUCAGGCAGACCAAGGGCUUGCUCAAGGUAAUAGUUGUAU